GUUGGCAUAAUCAAUACAACCACAGGGUGGUGGUCCCUUGAAAAGGCCCCGUGUGAGAGACGGCAUGUUCGCGCACAGGACGGCGCGUCGCUGCGCAAAACGCGUUCCCGGCCUGGCCUCUCGCUUUUUUGGUUCUUUUUUUUUUAUCUAGCGGCAGCAUCCGCCGGUGCUUUUCGCCCGUUUGGGGUGAGCAAAAAGGCGUGUCCCUGAGUCAUGCAUAUAAUAGCGAGACGAGCCGCGAUAGGCUUUUGCUUUCCGGUUCUCGGCUCUCUGUGCGCCAGCGGACUCACCGGCACUCGCAGGACUUCCACAAUGGCCGAGAAACUGAUAUUCAAUAAACCAAAGAUCGAGCUGCAUGUGCACCUCGAUGGAGCCAUCAGGGUGGAGACUAUUCUUGAUGUUGCCAAGACACGUGGAAUUCCUCUGCCGGCUGAUACUGCUGAAGGAUUGAAAGACAGAAUUAUUGUCCACGAGCCUGGUACACUCACAACAUUCUUGGGGAAAUUCAACGAGUACAUGCACGUGAUUGCUGGCGACAGAGAAGCCAUUAAGAGAAUUGCCUUUGAGUUUGUUGAGGACAAAGCCAAGGAGGGAGUGAUUUAUGUAGAGGUCAGAUACAGUCCACAUUUUUUAGCUAACAGCGAUGUGGAGCCAAUUCCAUGGAACCAGCAAAAAGGGGAUUUGAGUCCAGAUGAGGUGGUCCGCCUGGUUAACGAAGGCCUCAGUGAGGGGGAGAGGGCCUUCAAUAUCAAAGUCAGGUCCAUUCUAUGCUGCAUGCGCCACAUGCCAAGUUGGUCCAUGGAUGUUGUGAAGCUGUGUAAGAAGUAUCAGCGUGACGGGGUGGUUGCUAUUGAUUUGGCAGGCGAUGAGUCGCUUAACUGUGAAGCUAAUCCAGGCCACAGGAAGGCCUACGAGGAAGCAGUUCGUUGUGGGAUCCACAGGACAGUUCACGCAGGAGAGGUGGGCCCAGCCUUUGUGGUGAAAGAGGCUGUCGAAGUGCUGAAAGCUGAACGUAUUGGACACGGUUACAGAACACUGGAGGACCAAGCCCUAUAUAAAAAACUGCUGGGUCAAGACAUGCACUUUGAGGUGUGUCCAAUUUCCAGUAAGUUUACCGGUGCUUGCAACCCAGACUUCACCAAACAUCCUGUCAUCACGUUUAAGAACGACAAGGCUAACUAUUCCCUGAAUACCGAUGACCCUCUGAUCUUCAACUCAACCCUUCACCUCGACUACAGCGAAGUGCACAAUCAUAUGGGAUUCACUGAGGAGGAAUUCAAACGACUGAACAUCAACUCUGCAAAGUCAAGCUUCCUGCCUGACAAUGAGAAGGAGCAGCUUCUCCAGAGACUCUAUGAAGCAUAUGAUAUGAUAGAAACAACAGCAUUUUAAUCCUCACUGGAACAUCUAUGGAGAAUGUGACUUAAACCCAGGAAUUUGUCACCCUGAGCCAUCUCCCCUCCUGACACAAUAGAACACAUUCUUACUUCUAUGUAGCCUGAGAUCAAUUCCAUGGAAUAUCAAAUGUACAUGUUAACAUUUGACCAUUUAUUUCACCUCAUCUACCUGUAUUUGCAUACCUCUGGGGAUUUUAGGGAUUUCAGAUGAGGUCAUAUCCUUCUGAAAGUAAAACAUUGAAUCAGAUGCACAUGCCAAAACAGGUGCAUGUAAGUUAAUUUUCCUCAAGCAGAUUUUGCAACAGCGAAACAUUCUUUAUCUUAUGUUUACAUCUUUUCUUUUUUACCGAAAGAAAUGUCAGGGAAUAUUUUACCGCAAAACAAUUUAACAUUCAUAAAACAGCUUUGAACACAGCCUGAAGAGAAUAGCAAGGCCAGCUUAUUUUUUUGUUUGCUUCAGUCUCACUUAAACCAUUUCAGUGUUUCAGGUUGAAACUGUGUAGGAGUAUAACCGAAAGCAAUGCAUACCUAGUACUUACUAUAGGACAAGAUUAUUUACCUUGAGCAGUAACUGGUUCAGUUUUAGGAUGAAAAAAUUUAAACAUGGACAUUUUUUUGUGCAGACUCAAAAACAUAUUCAGGUGAAAACAGCUAAAAACCAAAAAAGUAGUCUUACCACUCGACCACUAGGUGACACCAUACUGUUUUUCAUUUGAUAAUUACCCAGUUCUUUUGAAGUACCAAUUUACUCAAUUGAAAAUAUUAUUUUCAUUUAAUUGAUAAAAAAGCACUUUUAUGAAUACAUUCAUAGCACUUAUGAAGAAUAUGUAUUUGGCCUUAAUAAAAGCUUUUAUGAAAAAUGUCUCCAU